CAGCAUAGUAACUCCUGCUCAACACCUCUACUCCAGUCUUCAUUUACUCACGUUGUGUGGAGACAAGAUGGCGCCCCGUGCUACUCAACUGCUGGCGGUGAUGCUGGUGGUGCUCGUCGCCCAAGCGCAAUCUCAAUAUACAGGUUGUAAAAAGGGAUGCCCAAAGAACAUUGAUCCAGUGUGUGGCAGCGAUGGGGUCACCUACAGCAAUCUCUGCUUAUUAGAGAAUGCUCAAUGUGACGAUCCAACCCUCAGUCUCCAGUAUGACGGCCCUUGUAAAGAGGAAAAAUGUCCGAAUGGUUGUAAUAAGAAACUUGACCCUGUGUGUGGUUCUGACGGCAACACCUACGGCAACCUGUGCCUGUUGAAGAUCGCUAUCUGUGAAGACCCGACCAUCUCCCUGGCCUACAAGGGUGAAUGCAGAGAUUGAUUUUGAAGGAACCACCGGUCUGCUACCACUGUUGACCUGACUUCAAUCGUGGAUUUUGAAAAAUAGAUACUACAUAUGGAUUUUUACGAAUAGAUACUAUAUCUAGAUUUUGAAGAAUAGAUGCUAUAUGUAGAUUUUGAAGAAUAUAUGUUCUAUCUAGAUUCUGAAGAAUACAUAUCAUAUUCAGAUUUUAAAGAAUAGAUUCCAUAUCUAGAUUUGAAAGAUCAAAUAACAUAAAUAAUUAAUUUUUACUAUAGGUAUGGUAUUAAUGUUAAUCUAGUUUAACCUAAAACUGAGGACAAUGAAUCUCUAAAUACCACUCUCUAAAGACAUUAGGCUUUCAUAUUGCUGAAUUUUUGAAGGUCCAAACAGUUUCAAUUAUUCUGUCUAAACCUAAAAUCUUUUAAAACAAAAUGUAUAUUGAUAAUUACAGUAUCUAAGUGAUGGACCCAAUAAUAAAGUUCAAUAAUCCUU